AUGGCAGCGGUGGCUGCGCUUCAAAGCUCAAUGUCCUCUCUUUCACUCUCCUCCUCCAACUCCUUCUUUGGGCAACGCCUAUCACUUCGUUCUCUCUCCCCUGUACAAUUCAAGUCACCAGAGAAACCAUGUCUCAUUGUUAUGAAGCUUAAGCGAUGGGAGCGGAAGGAAUGUAAGCCAAACAGCCUUCCUGUUUUACACAAAAUGCAUGUUAAGGUAGGAGAUACAAUUAAAGUGAUUGCUGGAGAUGACAAGGGAAAGAUUGGGGAGAUUACGAAGAUUUUUAGGCACAACAGCACUGUGGUAGUGAAAGAUAUAAACUUGAAGACAAAGCAUAUGAAGAGCAGAGAAGAGGGUGAACCUGGCCAGAUUAUAAAGAUUGAAGCACCUAUUCACAGUUCAAGUGUGAUGCUCUAUUCUAAAGAAAAGAAUGUUGCAAGCCGGGUGGGCCAUAAAGUUCUUGAUGAUGGGAAGAGAGUUCGAUACCUCAUAAAAACUGGGGAAAUAAUUGAUAAUGCAGAGAACUGGAAGAAACUGAAGGAAGAGGCUAAGAAAACCGAAUUAGCUGCUACUACUUCGUAA